AUGCACAUGCAGGGCGCGCCUGCGGCGAGGUUCCGAUUGCCGUCGCGCCCCGAGACGAAACAGGUGCGGCACAUGAGGGAUCAGUUCAAGAUGAACGUCUUGGCUGUGGAGUACCCGGGUUAUGGCCUGCUCCACGGCAUCUCAUCCUCCUCCGAGGCAGCAUUGAAGGAGGUUGCGCUGACGGCCUUCCGGUUCAUCCUGGACGAGCUGAAGGUUGCGUACGAGCAGAUCAUCCUCUUUGGUCGCUCUGUGGGCUCUGGGCCCACUGUGUACCUAGCGAGCAGGUUUCCAGUCGGUGGCCUGAUCCUUGUAGCAGCCUUCGCCUCCGUGCGCGAGGCAGCCAAGUCUCUGGUGGGGCCCUUCGUGGCAAAUGUACUCGAAGAGCGCUUCCCGAACAUUGCGCUGAUAGGAAACGUUUCGUGCCCGACCCUCUUCAUCCACGGCGAGAAGGACAGUCUGGUCCCGCCCUCGCACUCGGUGGCCCUCUUCAAGCAGUGUCGGUCGCGGAAGCUCUUGAUCACGCCGCCAGGCAUGGAGCACAACACCAAUUUGUUUGUGGAUGCUCAGUACUUGGCGGUGCCUGCCAUCAACUUCUUCGGCCUCCCUGGUUACCAGCAGGAGUCCCCGCCUCAGAUGCCCAGUCGCUUCUUCGAGGAUGGGAGGCAAGCGUUCCUUCUCCGAAAGGCCGCCAGGAGGAGCCAGAGCCUCGACACCUCAGCAGAAAGCAGUCCGUGGUUCUACUUCUGCGGAUGCCCUACUUCUCGCGUGAGGCGAGAUGAGGGCCAGGCACCAGAUCGACCCCAGUGUGAGUGGGAGCCGGGCGAUCGAAACGGCGUCUCGGACGACCAGGCCGUGGCGGGGGCCGAUGCCCCCAGGCGGCAUGGCGACGUUGCCUCGGAACGCAGCUGGCUAGUGGGGGCGCCCGUGGAGCACUGGAAGGAAGCCCAGGAUUUUCGAGAGGAGGAGAUCUUGGAGCAGUGA